AUGUCUGCUGCUGCUCUCAGGCCCAUUGUUACGAUAUGUGGAACAACUGGGGUGGGAAAAUCGAAGCUAGCAAUCGAACUUGCUUUGCAUCUGAAUCAAAGCAGCAAUAAAACUCAGUGGCGCCGUGCCAAAAUCAUCAACGCUGAUUCCAUGCAGGUUUAUAAAGGUCUCGAUGUAAUUACCAAUAAAGUCCCCGUUAGCGAACGACAUGGAAUUCCACAUUUAUUGAUGGAUUUCAAACAACCAGGAGAGCAAUAUGUUGUUGGGGAAUGGGUGCAGGAUACUCUUAAAUUGAUAGAUGAAAUGCAUAACAACGGAGAGUUACCUAUCAUAGUGGGUGGGACAUCGUACUGGAUUCAGCACCUUAUUUUUCCAAAUCGUCUGGUCUCUAAAGAAGUAGAUGGGCCAGGACAGCAAAAGGAAGCAGUCUUGUCUGGGGAUCUCCAAAACGCGGUUCUUAAGUUACCUCCGGAACUCUUUGCUUUGUUUGAAAAUCUUCCACCUGAACCCCCUUCUGCAAAACUCGAUCCUGACAAUGCUUUCAAGCUGCACCAACUUUUAUCUCUUCUCGACCCCGUUAUAUCCGGACGUUGGCAUUGGAAAGACACCAGGAAGGUACUAAGAAAUUUGGAGAUUAUAAAAGAAUCUGGCAAACGUCCCAGUGAAAUCAUUCAAGAGCAAUCCAAGGUUACUACAGAUAGCAAUCCAAGAUUUCGUACCUUGUGUUUCUGGCUAUACUCUGAGCCAGUAGAGUUAGGUCGAAGGCUUGACAGUCGCGUGGACGACAUGAUUUCGCAAGGUCUCGUCGAAGAGGUUAGAUCUAUGCGCAAAUUAGCAGAAAAUAAUUCGUCUUCUUGGGACCAAACAGACCGACCAAUUCUGGAUUACACGCUUGGUAUUUUCCAAGCUAUAGGUUAUAGAGAAUUCUGUGGCUAUCUGGAUCAACCUACAGAAUCUUCGUUCAAAGACGCAGUUAUUCGCAUGAAACUUUCAACAAGGCAGUACGCAAAAAGGCAAAUAUCUUGGAUACGAAACAAAUUGCUUCCUGCUAUUGAACCAGCUUCUACCUAUGUCCAUAUGUAUCUUCUGGACGCCUCUGCACUAGGAGAUGAUUGGGUGGCCAACGUACAAAACCCUGCCAUUCGAUUACAGAAUGCCUUUCUUUCCGAUCGAGAGUUGCCCGCUCCCAAUACCCUAUCAGACACGGCAUCCAACUUGCUUACUGUGGCGCCAAAAGAUGUCAAUCCAACGUCAGUACUUGAAGCCAGAAGAAGGAAAGUCUGCCCAGUGUGUACAGUCCAAGAAGAUCGUCCUGUAAUGAUUGAGGAGGGAGCAGAAUGGGAGAUCCACCGAAAUACUAAAGCUCAUCGAAAAAUGGCUUCAAGGGCAAGUAGGAACAGUAAUUCGGACUACAGGGUAAAAACGAAUGUUGAAAACGCACAGACUACAUAA